AGCCUCCGCCACACCUGGCGCGACACCGCAGCAGCCGCUGCAGCUGCAGCAGCCACCGCCGGUCAGCUCCGGCCCCGCAUCGCCCGCGCCGGCGGGAGUCCCGAUCCACCAGGUCCGGUUCCCGCCCUCGCCGUCACCGCUUCCGUCUUGGAUCACUACCCGCCACGUGUCGGCGACGGUGAGGCUGCAGGCUGCUGCGCGCGGCCUCCUAGUGCGUCGGCGUGUGCGGGAGAUGCGUGGUCUGCAGCUGCCGCUCCUCAAAAUUGCCAUUCGCUGCGCAAAGGACCUCGAUCUCGUCCGCUGCGUCGGGGAUCUUGGGCAUGCGGUUUCCCCCACGGGCGGUGGGCAUGCUGUUUUCUCCGCGGGCAGCGACCUCAAAGUUUGCGACAUCGGCGGUUGGGGGGGUGCACCCCUCCUCAUCAUUCUCCAUCGCAAGCCCUCCAACUCUUCCCUGUGCGGUGCAGACCAACAGCCAUACACAUGCACUCCUUUUCUCCAGGUGGUGUCCAUGGGAUCCAGGUGGCUGUACACGUGCACGUCCGACGUGCGGAUGGUGUCCACUUUUUGUAAAGAGGUCCAAAAUAAAGCGUCCCAUUCCAUUUCAGGUUGAGAGUAAUAACACAAGCCGAGAUGUAAAAGGCUUGUUUUUAGGUGUUAGGUUUGUGUUGCGUCGAGUCAUGGUUAUAGGUUGGUUAGGCUGCAGCUCGAGGACAAGUUGCAUGUCCAGGUGGGGUGUAGUGUUAGAGUACGUAAUGGGCCUGGUCUGGCAGUAUAGCCCGUUAGUCUUAGGGUUAAUUAGAGAUAAGGGUCGCUUGCUUAGGGGUCAAGUAAAGCCUUGCUUGGGAGUCAAGUAAACCUCUUUAUAUAAAGAGAGGAGAUGUAUCAAUCUAAUCAAGCAAGAAUUAAGAAGGAAAUCCCUUCCCUCUUGCCCGGCCGUGGGCAAAAAGGCCCCCGGCCGGCCCUCUCGCGCCCUCCUUCUAGCAGCGCCAUAACACCAUGUGCGUGUCGUGGAUGCUCCCUCUGUUGAUGGGGCUGUUGAUCCUGCUGAAGCGCGGCGCCGUCAUCAGGAUAUUCGUCAGGGAAAGCGUCCUAUUCAAGAGAACCCACGUAACAAAAGUACUCCCUCGGCUUCUUCAGAGUUGGCGUCUUGUUCUGUCGUUCUCCAAGGCGACUGCUCUACACCAUUGUUUUCAUCCAACUAUUUCCUUGCCAGUUGCCACAACCCAUGGAUUCUUUUUCGACCUCUGGACCAUCGUUCAUCUCUGGUUUUUGAUCUAUCAUGUGCGCCCAGCCGACUCCUUUAGGAAGAGAAAGUUUCUUUGGAGGCAUCGAUCAGGCAAAAUUAAAAUUAAAAAACUUGCGUCUCCAUUUUCCAAAAAUCACAUUGAUCUGUUGAAAGGUAGUUGCUUCUAGCCUUUUUUUCAGGGACUGAUGUUCAGUUCUCAGUUUUCUGUAUUAACAUUGUAGAUUUAAACAGGAAUUGUAUCGCUUCGUACUCAUUUCUUUUUAGAGACAAAAAAAGCCAAAAAAAACAUGCUUUCUUACAACGGAUAUCACAGUCAAAUUUUGACGAGUUUUCAAAUAAUCAACUCAAAUU